AUGAUCGAUUCGGGAGGUGGAAAAGACACGUGUGUGCAGGUUGCACUUCGGUGAGUUUUUAUCACGGGGAUUUGAAAUUUAGAAAAAAUCGUGUCCAGAGAAAACAUUAUUUUUAACCUAAAAUUUUAAAAAUAAAUUUGGAAAAUUGAUUUUGAGCUCAAAAUUUGAGUGAUUUGAGUCGAAAAAAUUCAACAAAUCUCGAGAAAAAAGAUUCUGCUGUUCUUAUUUUUCAAGUUCAAUUAACCUAAAAUUUUGAAAAUUAAAUUCCAUCCUUGAAAUUUCAGAGGUUGUAUUAUUCAAAAAUUCAAAAAAAAUUAAAAAAAAAAAUCAUUUUUAUCCUCAAAAUUUCAGAGAUUUCUCGUUCUUUUUUGAAUCUAAUCAAUCUAAAAUUUUAGAAAAAUCAUUUUUUAUCCUCAAAAUUUCGAAAAUUUACUUUCAGUUUUCAUUUUUGAAUUUGAAUUUUGAAAACUUCAUGGUUUUUUUUCAAAAUCGAUCAAAGAAAAUAUCUAAAUCUUCUCGAAAAAAAUCUUGAAAAAUAAUUUUCAGUCCUAAAACUUUUAGGGCUUAGGCUAAAAGUAUCAUUCAAAAAAAAUUCCCGCAAUUUUCAUUUCCAAAAUUCUCAACAAACAAUUUCCCAUCUCUUUCCCACCCAAAAAACCCUCCCCAAUUUUUCCAGUAUUCGCCCACAAGGAAAUCGCGAAAAACUCGAAGGCAGUCGCGUCUGCACAUCAGUUCUUCCCAACGAUCCACAAGUCACAAUUGGCGGCGAUCGAUCUUUCACCUACGAUCAUGUUUUCGAUCAGCCAACUCCUCAACACGUGGUUUAUGAAUCAUGUGUUGAACAAUUAGUCGAUGGAUUGUUUGAUGGUUUUAAUGCGACCGUUUUGGCCUAUGGACAGGUAUGGGAUUUUCGGAAAGAAAAUAGGAAAUAAAUAUUUUCAGACGGGAUCUGGAAAAACGCAUACAAUGGGAACGGCUUUUGACACGGCUGUAGUGCAAAAUGAGCAAGAUUUGGGUGUGAUUCCCCGUGCCAUUCAUCAUACUUUUAGGAAAAUUGUUGAUUUGAAGGCUCAAGCCCUUGAAAAAGGCAUUCUCGAGCCAAGUUUCGAUGUAUCUGUGCAAUUCGUUGAAUUAUACAAUGACGAUGUUUUGGAUCUUCUCUCGGAUGAUCGAAAUUCGUCGGCAAAUAUUCGAAUUCAUGAAGAUAAUCGAGGCGAAAUUGCUCUACACGGUGUUGAGCAAAGAAGUGUUAUUGAUUUAGAUGGAACUAUGGAAAUAUUGAAGAAUGGAGCAUUGAAUCGAACUGUUGCGUCGACAAAUAUGAAUGAGCAAUCAUCGAGAUCGCAUGCGAUUUUUACACUUCAUUUGAAACAGCAAAGAGUUGUGCCAAGUUUGUUGGAGGAUGUUGUGGAGGGAAAAACUGUGAGUUUCUCGAUUAUUACGCGCGCUCCACCGAAAUAAACACGCAACGCAGACCGCGUCGCGCCACAACACACACAAAUACAGGAACGAUUCAAAUUCCCUCCAUUUUUUGUGUGUGUUGUGGCGCGACGCGGUCUGCGUUGCGUGUUUAUUUCGGUGGAGCGCGUGGUACCGAUGAGUUUCUCAACUAUUGAUUUUUGAAAAUUCUUCUGGGUUUCAGGGCGAUCUUGAGAUGGAAAUGUUGACUGCAAAAUUUCAUUUUGUCGAUUUGGCCGGAUCGGAAAGAAUGAAACGAACUGGAGCGACUGGUGAAAGAGCGAGAGAGGGAAUUAGUAUUAAUGUUGGAUUGGUGAGUGCAUUUUUGGGAGGAACCUUAAAAUGAGCAAUAUUUCUCUGUAAAAUUGUUGAAAAAAAUUGCAAAAAAAACGCUAUUUUUAGGCCUAUUUCAGGCCUAGGCUUGUUCAGGCCCACAAUUUUUCAAAUACUACAAAAUGCUUUUGAAUAACGCAUGUUUCUAGACCCUAAGCCUAGGCUUAUUUGGACUUGUUUUGUAGGCUUUACCGGGGCUUAAAAACAAGUCUAAAUAAGGCAUGGUUUAGGCUUGGCCUAGAGAUGUUUAGGCGAAUUUUUCAGAGCUUUAUAAUAAGCCUAAACGUUGCAAUUUCACCACGUUUAGCCCUAUUUUAAAGCUCUGAAAAAUGAGCCUAAACACCUCUAGGCCAAGCCUAACUUUACUCAAAAUUGCCACAUUUAGGCUUAUUUUAAAGCUCUGAAAAAUGAGCCUAAACAUCUCUAGGCCAAGCCUAAACCAUGCCUUAUUUAGGCUUGUUUUGAAGCCCCGUUAAAAGCCUAAAAAAUAAGUCUAAAUAGGCCUAGGCUUAGGCUUCGAUCGAAUACAAAUAAGCCUAAAACAAUCUUUAUUCAAAAUCAUUUUGUAUUUAGUAUUUGAAAAAAUGUGGGCCUGAACAAGCCUAGGCCUGAAAAAAUUGGAAAAACAAUUAUCUAAACCUAGUCUUAUUUAGCCUUGUUUUGUAGGCUUUAACCGGGUCUAUAAAACAAGCCUAAAUAAGGCUUGGUUUAGGCGUGGCCUAGAGAUGUUUAGGCGAAGUUUUCAGAGCUUUAAAAUAAGCCUAAACGUGGCAAUUUUACUUUACUCAAAAUUGCCACGUUUAGGCUUAUUUUAAAGCUCUGAAAAAUGAGCCUGAACAUCUCUAGGCCAUGCCCAAACCAUGCCUUAUUUAGGCUUGUUUUGAAGCCCCGUUAAAAGCCUACAAAAUAAGUCUAAAUAAGCCUAGGCUUAGGCUUCGAUCGAAGACAAAUAAGCCUAAACCAAUCUUUAUUCAAAAUAAUUUUGUAGUAUUUGAAAAAUUGUGGGCCUGAAAAAAUUAGAAAAAAAAUUAUCUCAACAUUUUUAUUUUCAACGUGAACAUGCGACGUGUCAUUCAGAUUUGAAAAAAUAAUUUUGAUUCAUUUCCAGUUGGCCCUUGGUAACGUAAUCGCCGCUUUGGGAGGUGCCAAUGGAAAAGUGUCGCAUGUCCCAUACCGUGACUCGAAACUCACCCGAUUGCUCCAAGAUUCGUUGGGAGGAAAUAGGUGAGCGACAAAAAAACGGAUAUAAUUACCAGCGAUCAUAGAUAUUUCGCUUUUUUUCUUACAAAUGUGUUGUUUCAGUCGUACACUUAUGAUUGCUUGUUGCUCUCCGAGUGAUAGUGAUUUUGUGGAAACAUUGAACACGAUGAAAUAUGCGAAUCGUGCGAAAGAGAUCAAGAAUAAGGUGGGCAUUUUGUUGAACUCAUAGAAAUAAUUUUUAAAAAAAUUCAUUUAGGUGACUGCUAACCAGGAUAAAUCAUCAAAAAUGAUUGGAGAACUUCGCGGAAAAAUCGCAUCUUUAGAAGCCGAACUCCUGGAAUUCAAACAAGGUCGACGAACUGUUGAUGUUGAUGGACACGAGGUUGUAAAUGAUCAAUAUCAUGAGAAUAUCUAUCUGACAUCGGAAGUCAAUCAUUUACGAUUCCGCGUCAAAGCGCUUAACGAGACGUUGGAUAUUUUGAGAAGUGAGAAUAUUGAUUUGAAGGCGCAGAAGGAAUUGGCAUCGAUACCAGCUUCUGUUGGUGGAGAAGGAGAGGAUGAUGCAGUUCAGGCGACUUUUCGGAAAUAUUUGGAGGAGUUGGAGAGAACGAAAUCGCUUUUGUAUGAAACGCAAUCGACUUGUGAUCAAUUGCGAAAAGAGAAUGCGCGAUGGAAAAGUGGAGCGAAAGCUGGUGGUGAAUUCAAUUCGGCGAAACUUAUUGAAUUGGCGAAACAGGAUAUUGAAGCGAAAAGGAAGGCGCUGGCUGAAAGUGGGUUGUUCGAAAAUUCAUGAACUCAUCUUUUUGGCUUUACCGGGGCUUCAAAACAAGCCCAAAUAAGGCAUGGUUUAGGCUUGGCCUAGAGAUGUUUAGGCUCAUUUUUCAGAGCUUUUACUUAAAAUUGUCAGGUUUAGCCUUAUUUUAAAGCUCUGAAAAAUGAGCCUAAACAUCCCUAAACCAUGCCUUAUUCAUGUUCCUGGUAAAAGCCUAAAAAUGAGUCUAAAUAAGCCUAGGCUUAGGCUUCAUAUCGAAUACAAAUAAGCCUAAACCAAUCUUUAUUCAAAAUUGUGGGCCUGAAAAAGCGUAGGCCUGAAAAAAUUAGAAAAACAAUUAUCUAAGCCUAGCUGGAUAUUGAAGUGAAGAGGAAGGCGCUGGCUGAAAGUGGGUUGUUUGAAAAUUCAUGAACUCAUCUAUUUUUUAUCUGUUUUCUUCUCCUCUUCUUUUUGCCUAACAUAAAAUCCUUUUUUUUUGUUUCAGCCGGAACUUCGGAUUAUUCUUCGAUGGCUGGAAAUGGUGGAGAAGAGGAUGGAACUAGUAAUGAGGCUGAUGAAAUUGAUGAGGAUGAAGCGGAUGAUGAACAGGAUGAGGAGGAUGAAGAGGAGCAAAGGCAGAAUCAGGGUGAGUGAGAAAUUCUUGUCUGAAAAUUUUUCAAUUCUCAAAGAUCUAUUUUCAGAAGCUGAAGCGCUUGAAAUUGAUCUGCAUGAUGUUAUGAUUGAAUUGGAUAUCAAAGAAAAAUUGAUUGAUCAAUUGGAAAGAGCUGAGCGACAAAAUCAACAAAUUCGAGAGACUUAUGAGAAGAAAUUGAGAGAAUUAAUGAAUCGAAUCAAAGAUACGGAAACUGAACGAGAUAAAGUGUUAUUGGAAGGAGAUGGAAAGAAAGGGAAAUUGAGCGAUGAUCAAAUGAAGAAAAUUAAACAAGAAUAUGAGUUGAAAAUUGUGGAAUUGAAAAAAGAGUUGAAGAAGAUUGAGGCGUUGGAUAAGGAACAUUUGAAAGUUAUUGCGAAGAGUCAGAGAGAACUUCAAGAGAAAUCGAGGUUGAAAUCAGAAGUGGUUGAUUUGAAAAAGGCGAAAGUUGAGUUGAUCAAGAAAAUGAAUGAGGAUAAGAAGAAACAGAAACAGCAACAGCAGGCGAAUGCAAGAGCUAUGGCUACAAAAGAAAAACAGACGAGAUUACAGGCGAAUAAGAUUAGGAAUCUGGAAAUGAAAGAUAAGCAAAGAGAACAGUUUUUGAAGAAAACGACGAGUGAAGUGAAUCAAUUGAGGAAAGAGAAAGCACAAGCUGCAAGUGCUGCGAGAUUGGCGAGUAGAAAUGUUGGAAAACCUGCUGCUGGAACUGGUAGAAAUACUGUUGUUGGAGGAAGAAGAAGAGCUGUUGGAGCGAUUAAGAAGGAGAUUAGUUUCUCACCGAAAUUGGCUAAAAUUAAGUGGAAUGUGCUGGAGAGAAAGGUGAGGAUUUUUAAGUGGGCGGAAAAUUCUGAAAAUCAGAUUUUGACCCGAAAAUUGAAGAUCUCAACUUCCCAAAAUGUUGGCUUGAAUUUAUAAAAAUUUUCAAAGGUUCUGUUGAAAAUUAUGAAAUUUCAAACCUUUUGUAUUUUUGUUUCAAAAAUUUUUAUUAAAAAUUUGAAAUUCGAGCCAGAACUUCUAUGAAAUAUUUUUGAAAUUCAUCAAAAAAAAUUUCACGUUUUCAAUUCAUUUUUUUCAACUCACUGAAAAUUUCAAUUUCAAGUGUAAAUUAUUUUUGAAGUUUUCUGGAAUAAAAAAUUCAAAAUUUUUCAAAGGGUCUGUUAAAAAUUCUGGAAUUUCGAAGCGUUUGUCUCUUUGUUUCAAAAAUUUUAAUUGGAAAUUUGAUUUUUUUGAACUUGCAAAAAAUUUGCCUCAAAAAAUUUCCUGAAAUUUCCAUAGUUGGACAAAAAUUCAAACAUGAUGGCUCAAAAAGUUUCCUAAAAAUUUUUCGCACAGAAAAUUUUUUUUCGAAUUUUUUGAAUCAAAACCCUGAAAACAACUUCAAAUUUCUAUUUUUAAGUGGGGGAAAAUCCUGAGAAUCAGAUUUUGACCUGAAAAUUGAAUUUAUACAAAUUUUCUCAAAAGUUCUGCUGAAAAACCUGUAACUUCAAAUUGUGAAAAAAACAAACUGUGAAAAAAUAUUCGCCUGAAAUUUUCGGAAAAUGUUAAUUUCAAAUGCAAAAAGCUUCUGAAGUUUUCUGGAUUUCAAAAAAAGAAUGAAAAAAAUUCUGAGACAAUUUCUCAAAAUUUUGUUGUUAAAUAAUCAUUCCUGAUAUUUAUUCGAAAAUAAUUAAGUUCAGAAUGAAAAUGCGAAAUUUUUUUCAGAGUUUUUUCUUAUUUUCGAAUUUUUCAGUCUACCAAAUCAUCUUUCUCCCAAAAUUUCAACUAUUUGUUUUCCAGAUUGAUCAAUGUGUUCGAAAACGUCAAACCAUCCGAAUCAUGGAAUCCGAACUCGAAAGAUAUCUCAACGAACGACAAAAUGUGAUGAUUGAAAUUGUGGAAAAUGAGAAAUUAUUCACAAAAUGUCAAGAUAUCAUUUAUCGCGAUGGAAUUUUGGAAGUGAUUGAUAGUGCCAAAGAAAAAUUGCAAUAUGUUCAAAAUCAAAUAACAUAUCAACAAAAAUUGAUAAUGGAUGUUGAUCAACAGGUUGGUAUUUUGGGAAUAGAUUUAUUGAUUUAUAGAUUUAUGGAUUCGGGGAAAAAUUCACACAGAGAGAAAAAGAAUAG